AUGUGCCGAGAUGUGGGAGGAAAUCGCCUGACAGGAGAGCGGGAGGUGAUCGAAAGGUGGAAGUGCUACUUCGAAGGACACCUAAAUGGAGCGGAGGUAGGAGAGGCUGGAGUAAGUGGCAGAACAAGGCAACCACCACAGCAACAGCACAGCAGUAACACCAGCGACAACAUUGGUGCCGACGACGAGGUGCCCCCGCCAUCUUUGGAUGAAAUUGCCAGCCCCAUCAAGCAGCAUAAGAGCAAUAAGUCUGCUGCCAGCGAUGGACUGGUGGCCGAGCUCUUCAAGAUGGCGCCGGAGAGGCUUACCGUCGAAAUGAAUCGGCUGAUUGUGAAAAUCUGGGAGCAGGAAGAACUACCGGAAAAGUGGAAGCUGGGUGUCAUUCACCCAGUCUACAAAAAGGGCGACAGGCUGGAUUGCUCGAACUUUCGAGCCAUCACAGUCCUGAAUGCCACCUACAGUCUGUUCUGCAGACUUACGCCCCUUGCUACCACCGACCAAUUUUUCACUCUACGGCAGAAAGUGACCUCCAGAAGGGCCGAGAGCGCUAGUUCCCUAUGCACCACCUGUUCAUCGGCUUUAAGGCGGCCUACAACACCAUAG